AUAACAAGCUCUUCUCCCCACAGCAAAAUCCAGCUGCUUUGUGCUUGCAUCCUGGUGAUCGUGGAAGGCGAGUUGGAGGGAAAGGACAACGACGAGACACGAGUGGAUGCUCACGCGCACAGGCGUCUACACGUCUGUGGCGGAAGUGCCACUCGGUGCUCCAGUCGCUGAUUGGCUGCGCAAUAGCGCAGAAUCUCUCCUGGUCCUAAGGCUAUUCUUUGCGCAGAGAGGAUACAAGAUAAAAUAUGAUGGUUUCGCAGGUCAUCGUCUCAUCACCGUAUAUCUUAUACACCGUCACGUCGGUUUGCCCAAGCAUAUAUAUACCACAAACAUUCCUCCCACGUUCACGCAAUCCAUCCGUUCAACGCCCUCUCUUCCGCCUUGGGAGUCCGCGACGCCGCAUCAACGAUGGUCUACUCUUCCGUCGCGCUGCCAGAGAGCACGCAGAACCCGAACGGGGUGCUCGAUCCGCGCUUCUUCCUAUACGAAUAGGAGAGGCAGCGUUGCAUGUCUUCCUCCGAGCAGCAUGCUAUCUCGACCCAGUCGUUUCGGGGCAUCUUGCCAUCGUCGGCGGCGUCGUUGUGGAGCUCGGCCUUAUCACCGAGGCUUAUGUCCGACGAGGGCCCUGAAGAGCUCGCUCCUGAGCCUGAGCCUCCCCUGUAGUCAUCCUCAGAGUUCGCAAGGCCGGCGCUCGGUCCUGCGGACGACUUGCAAUUUCUCAAUGCAUCAACUCUAACCCUGUAACGCGGCAAAUCGAUAUGCUCACCAGUCGCGAGGCCAAAGAUGCGUCCAUCCGCCACUUCUUAAACAUCUCCAGAGCCAAGCCCCUUGCCCACUCGUGUUCGAGAACGCUGUCGUUCUCUUCUUGCAAGAGCGAUACUGUCGACUCUGCGGCGGAGGCC